AUGGAAUCUCUUGGAGGACUCGGCAAUGGCGGGUUGUGGGGAUGGGAUCAAAGACCCAGAAAAAGGAAAGCCUGUCGGAGCAAUUCAUCCGGUUCAGUCGAAGCGGCUGGCGGUUUCCGCUUCCCGCUAAAGCAAGCCCUCACAGCAGGUACCUUGGCUGUCACUGGUGAUACUAUAGCUCAACUUAGUGAGCGUUACAGAAAGCGCAACACCCCUAAACCACAAGAUAAUGUAGUCUCUUCUCAUGAACCUGGCGAAGCGCUGACGAUCCUUUGCAGCCAUGAUUGGCUUCGUGCCUUGAGGAUGGCAUCUUAUGGGUUUCUUUUGUAUGGCCCCGGUUCAUAUGCAUGGUACCAGUAUCUUGACCAUUGUCUACCAAAGCAGUCAGUUCAAAACUUGAUACUUAAGGUUGUUUUGAAUCAAGUGAUACUUGGUCCAUCUGUGAUUGCUGUUGUGUUUGCAUGGAAUAGCAUAUGGCAAGGGAAGCUUUCACAGCUUCCAGGGAAGUAUCAAAGGGAUGCUCUUCCUACGCUGCUUUCCGGGUUUAGGUUCUGGAUUCCUGUCAGUAUAUUGAACUUUUGGGUAAUCCCUCUCCAAGCACGUGUUGGCUUCAUGUCCAUGGGUUCUAUAUUCUGGAACUUCUGCUUAUCUUCAACUAUAAGCAAAUGUUUUAAUCAUCAGCAGCAGUUGGGAUCAAGAACAGGCAAUGAAUCAUGCAACAAGUGCACUAUUAAGCCGGCUAACACACAGAAUGGAAAACCUUGGAAUGAUGGUGCUGGAAAGUGUGGUUUGAUUAGGAAGUCGAAGCCAAUUCUGUGGUGUUGA